UGUGAACCAAUAGGAGUUUGUUAUGUAUCAUAGUGCUUUUUAAUUGAAGAUAUUGCAGAAUAUUUUUAUUAAAUUAUUGAAAAUUCGUUCAUUUGUUUUAUCAAAAAUUUUUUCUAAGGCCACAAAAAUGCCCACACUACCGAAAUUAAGCAAAAAAGAUAAAACAUCCGGGAAAGAUAAAGAUAAGAGUGCUGCAAAGUCUUCAAAAGAUAAGGAGAAGGAAGAAGCAAGCGAUACUAACAAAAGUUCGUCAAAGAAGAAAUCUGCAACAACUACAGUAGCAGCAGCAGCAGCAACAACAACAUCCUCUACUGCAGCAUCAUCAUCUUCUUCUUCAUCAUCAUCAAUUCCCAAUCACCCUAAUCAUCCAAAUCAUGCUCAACACCCACCUCCAACACCAUUAAAUCGAAUAAAUCCACUUCCUGAAACUUUAAAGUUAAAGAAAGAGAAACGACAGAGCUCUUCACGAUUCAAUGUCAGUAGUAAUAGAGAGCUUCUUAGAUUACCCUUGCUAAAAGAGGCAUCUCCAGCUGACAAAGAAUCUUUAUUCCUUCAGAAGAUACAGCAGGGCUCGGUCAUAUUCGAUUUUCAGAGAGAGGCCUCGAGUGAUAUUAAGUACAAAGAGGUAAAACGAGCAACACUAAAUGAAUUAGUUGAGUACAUCUCUAAUAAUCGGAAUGUUCUGACCGAUCCUGUUUAUCCAGCCAUCAUUACUAUGUUCUCUGUAAACACAUUCCGAACGUUGUCAUCGUCGACUGCCGGGACUGCCAGUACGGAGUUCGAUCCAGAGGAAGAUGAGCCGCUACUGGAAGCUGCCUGGCCCCACUUGCAGCUUGUAUACGAGUUCUUCCUUUGUUUUCUUGAGAACCCUGAUUUCGUCGCCAAUAGUGCCAAACGAUACAUCGACCAAUCAUUUGUUCUUCAGCUGUUAGAGUUGUUUGAUAGUGACGAUCCAAGAGAAAGAGAUUUUUUGAAGACCAUACUGCAUAGGAUAUAUGGAAAGUUCCUUGGUCUGAGAGCUUUCAUUAGGAGACAGAUUAAUAAUACUUUCUAUCAAUUUAUUUACGAGACAGAGAGGCAUAACGGAAUAGCAGAGCUUCUUGAAAUUCUCGGCAGCAUAAUCAACGGAUUCGCACUGCCGUUAAAAGAGGAGCACAAGUCUUUCUUGAAAACCGUUCUACUGCCACUGCAUAAGGUCAGAACUCUGAGUGUUUACCAUCCUCAGUUGGCUUACUGCGUCGUCCAGUUCCUUGAGAAAGAUCCCAGACUCACCGAAGUUGUUAUUCUCAGUUUGCUAAGGUUCUGGCCAAAGUUUCAUAGCCCCAAGGAAGUGAUGUUCUUGAAUGAGAUUGAGGAGAUUCUUGAGGUCAUUGAACCGAGUGAAUUUCAGAAAUGCAUGACCCCAUUGUUCCGACAGCUGUCUAAGUGUGUGGCCAGCCCUCACUUCCAGGUGGCAGAGAGGGCCCUAUACUUUUGGAACAGUGAGUGGGUUAUUAGUUUGAUCAGUGAAAAUGCCAACACCAUCAUACCCAUCGUAUUUCCAGCUCUUUACCAGAGCAAGGAGCACUGGAACAAAUCGAUCCACGGCCUGAUUUAUAAUGCUCUGAGGCUCUCAAUGGAGAUAAAGCCAUCGUUGUUUGACGAAUGUCUGGCUAAAUACAAGCAGAAAAAACAAGCUGAGAAAGCGAAGAUGCUAGAGAGGCGAGGAGCGUGGAUGAAGAUCAUAUCACUAGCCAAAAAUAAUCCCAAAUUCAACGAAUUCUCUUCCAGACUGGACCAAGAAACGUUAUCAUUAUCAUCGCUUCAUUUGGACCACCAUGCAUGGUCAUCAUCGUCGUCAAACGUGGCGAUGAUGAUGAUGACUUCCGCGCCCAUGACGUCAUCAUCGUCACCUACGAUGACGUCAUCGUCGUCGCCACCGCCUAAUCUAAUUAGUGGUAAUGGUGAUAAUGGUGGUAAUGGUGGUAGCAGUAACGGCGUCCGUGUCGAUGGUGAUAAUAGUAAUAAUAAUGACGACGACGAUGAUGAUACUGGGACUAUUGAUAUGGAAAAGUUGAAAGCUGAAGCUAUCGAGUUUAAGAAAUACAGUAAAGAGAAGCCACAGCAAUUUCGUCGCAGAUCCGAGAUACCUCACGACGGGCCGACCCUUAGGGCCCUCGAGACCCACAGGCGACCCGAGGCAUACCUAACUAGCAUGUCUAACGAUAACUUUGCUUGAUUGGCUGGCCGGUCUGGUUGGUUGGUUUGUUUGAUUGGUUGGUUUGGUGUGGUUGAUUGGUUGGUUUGUUUGUUGGUUGGCAGAAAAACUUGUUUGUUGAUUGGUUUUUUUGGAGUUGAUAGAUUAGUACAAUAAUAGUGAUAAUUAAAUAUAUGUAUCAAUUGUUCGUAAUAAGUAAUGAU